AUGUCUGGCUCUCUCAACGACUGGGAAGUGCUUCGACGAUCUGCUCGACAGCUGGAAAACGAACUUGACUCAAAGUUGAAUACAUUCGGGCAGUUAUCCUCUCAGCUAAAGGGCAAGUCUGAGCAUUCGGUGUUGGGCGAGUUUGUGCCGUUGAUAAGCGCAGCUCAAGAUGCAUUUGAAGGCAGCUACGAAGAGCAGACCAGCUUAAUUUUUAAGCUGCUCACUUCUCUUAAGGAUACCAUUGAUCGCAUGGAAUCGCACUGUCCAUCUACCCUUCAGGAGAAGCAAAGCACGGCAAUGAGACUCAUUCAGCGUCAUCGUGAGACUUUUAGAGACUACACGGCUGAGUACAAUAAAAUGCGGAACAGCAUCCAUGCUGCUUUGGUGCAAAGUCAGCUGCUGCAUAAGUGCCCAAGUUCAACUUCGUUCGUCGUGCAAACAGCAAAUGGCUCUUCUCCCUUGGAAGUUGAAUCGAAAAGCAUUGAUUCUUCCACUGUGCUCAUUGAAGAGCAAAUUGAUGUCGCCAGACGGACUCGUGAGACUUUGUUGAAUCAACGAGCCAACUUGGAGUCAGUUCAAAGCAAACUGUCAACCUUGGCUAAUACAUUUCCUCGUCUGGGCCACAUUCUACGUCGCAUUAUGACGAAAAAACGUAAGGAUUCAAUCAUUCUGGCAUUGGUUAUUGGCAUUUGCCUAUUUAUCUUGAUACUGUACUAUUUCUAA